AUGAAAUAUUGCUGGCUUGCGGAAGUGGCAAAGAUAGUUCAAAAAUACCAAGGACGUCUUUCUGGAGUGGAGGCUUUCAAUUACAGAGUGAAAAAUAGAGGUAACGCAAAACCAGAUAUGGGUCAACUCCUGGAAGGAUUUAGAACACAAUUUGAGGGAAAAAUUUCAGCGUUUGUACCUAUGGUUAUCAAUGAAUUUGCGGUGCUACCAUUCGGGUGCAGCUUCACCAACGGGAAAGUGAUGGAGAUUGAUUGUCUCUUCCUGACUGAAAACUUCUUCGAAUUCUUGGUUCAGCUUGCACAAAUCGGAGGAAAAGAAGUUAAACCUCCUAGUUUGAUAUUUUUAGCACCUUAUCUGCAACGACUCCUUGCUGAAUAA